AUGAAAUAUCUUAUAAAUAAAUAUAAUAAAGAUGAAGAGAAAAAUAAUAGUAUAAAUAAAAAAAAUGAUGUUGAUAUAGAAAAUUUAACAGUAAAUGGAAUAAAUAUAAAUGAUAUAAACAUAAAUGAUAUAGAUGAAAGUAUAAUAGAUACAAAAGAAACAAAAGACAAGAAAAAUACAAAUGCUAUUGAAUAUUAUUUAUUUGAUAUUGGGUCGUACAAUAAUAGUACUAAUAUAAACAGUGAAAAUUUUGUAGAUUUAAGCUCAAUAAAGUCUAGUUAUUUAUCAGAAAAUAGAAAAAAAAAAGCUAAGAAAAAAAAAGGGAAUUAUAUAAAGAAGCAACUUAAAUUAUAUAAAAAAAAAUAUAAAAUACUGCCUGAACAUAAUUUAGAUCAAGAUACUAAUUAUGAAGAAUCUAUAGGAAAUGGAAAUGGAAAUGGAAAUAAAAAUUAUAAAAUAUAUGACUUAAAAGAAAUAAAAGAUGAUAAAGGUAUUAGUGAUAUUAUACAACCGAAACUCAAAGAUUCUUUUAAUGUAAAGAAGGAUAUAUUUUUAGGUGUUAUAAAAUUUAUUAUACUUGUAUCUUCUAUAUUCUCAUUAGGAUCUGUUAGUACAGCUAUAACAAAAUAUAUUAUUUUUGUGAAAAAGUUUAAAUACACUCAAAUCGUAACUUUUUUUGAAUUUUUGAUUAUGUAUAUAAUCUUAAGACUAGUUAUUUUCUUUUCAAAAAUGAAAAGUUCAACAGAUUUAACUAAAAAGGAUUAUAUAAAAUAUAUCAUUUCAAUUUCAGCAUUACUAGGGCUAGGUUCUGUAACAGGAGUUGGAGCAUAUUAUUACUUAGAAAUUCCCAUUAUUUCAGUUUUUAAAUCAAGUUCAUUAAUAUUUAUAUAUUUUUUAUCAAUCCGAUUUGGCUUAAAAGAAUUUAAAUGUUCCAUACUAUUCUCAAUUAUUACAAUUUUGAUAGGAGUUAUUAUGAGUAUCACUACAUUAAAAAUAGAUAGUUUUUUUGGCAUAUUUUUAUUAGUGAUAUCAGUUAUUUCAUCUUCCUUUAAAUGGGUCUUUACAAACCUUCUAUUAAAAUCGACAUCCAUCAAACCGCAUAUAAUUCUAUUACAUAUAUAUCAAGUGGCUAUGCUUAUUAUAUUAUUACCGAGUUUUUUCAUUGAUCUAACCAGUAUCAUUAAAGAUUACAAUAAUAAGGUUUUAACUAUUGAACAAAUUUACAUAACAUUAAUAUUAGUUACUCUUAGUGCUUUAACCAGUAUAUUUUUAAUUUUAGCUGAAUUCUCUUUAAUAUCACAUACCUCAUCAGUUACAUUAAGUGUAAUAUUUAUAGGAAGAGAAGCAAUUAUUUUAAUUAUUGGAUCGAUAUUUUUUGGUGAUAAAAUUAAUCUUAGCUCAUCUAUUGGCAUAGCUAUAUCUAUGAUUGGUACAGUUUUGUAUGGUUAUGCUUCAAAAUAA